AUGUCGCUCCACGUACAUGGACACGAGGCGCCGUACCGGCAUCACUGGACAGUCGGCCCAGGACCCCUCUACGCCAACCAGUUCCGCUUCCUCGCCUACCGCCGACUAGACGGCGCGUCUUGGUUCGCGGCCGAGGUGGACGAGCUCGCGUCGUACGAAGACGGCGCGGGGCAGUGGGUGUGGGGUUUUGUAACGGUGCGCGGGGAAGCCGAGGAGCGGGGGGACGAGGACGUCGUCGCGGUCGCUUGGGACGAGUGGCGGCGGCUCAAGGGGGGUGAGGAGGGGGUGUACUGGCCCGCCUACGACCGCCGCCUCGCGCAGCUCCAGCGCGAAACCCACGCAUACGACUACAUCACCACGUACGAGCUCAAGGCCGCCGCACACGCGUACGCGCACGAAGCGGUAGCUGACGCUGCUGCCGGGCGGCAGGGGGCCGGGCCGUGGUGGCUCAAUAUCAGCGACGACGAGGACGACUAG